CGGAGAGUCCCGAAGAAGUGUCAGCCUUAGCUGCUGAAAAUGCUCCCCUGAAUACCUGGACAGACGAGGAAACCGUUGAUGAUGAGCCUGGAGAAGAGGGCUUCAGAGAUGGAAAUACAUCGUUCUCAAAUUCAAAUUCUGAAGAUGAGUUCACCGAAUUUGAUUCUUCCACAAGUUGCGAGGAGAUGGAGGCUGAUCUGGUCGUAGACAGCAGCAAGAAGAGCUACGCUGAGCGAGCGCGGAUAUUCAAGCUGAGAAGAAACCUGGACCAGCUGGACUCGUUCUACCAGCAGAAGGAGCAGGAUGUCCUCAAAGCCAGGGAGGAGCUGAAGGCGUGUCGGGAAAGCAUUGCUGAGAUGGAGAAGCAGAGAGACCAGGUGGAGAGAGACAUCGAGCAGCAGAAAGAGGCCGACAACACCGCGGCGGUGUUCCGCCUACGGGCCCUGCACAAACGCCUCUGCUCUGAGCUGCACGCAGAGGAGGAGCUGGAGACCCACAUCGGCCAGGAGCUGAGAGCGCACGAGCUGGAGCUGUGUCAGGUGGAGGUGGAGCGGGGGCGCUUCUCUGCGCUCCGGCGGGAGGUGCAGCAGGAGGAGCAGGUCCUGGAGGCGGACCGCGCCCGGAGAGCGGCCUACAGGCUGGAGCAGGAGGACGCGGUCGCCCGGAGACUUCGCCUCAGGAGGCAGCAGGAGAGACGGAAGCAGAGGAAGCUGGAGCAGGCAGAGGAGGAGCGCCGUCGCAGGGCUGCAGAGAAUGCUCAGGCCAGCCAUCAGAAAGCCUCCGUGUACUUCAAGGAGACCAUGAGCAGACACCGCCAGAAAGUGGCUGAGAGGGAACUGCAGAAUCAAGAGAGGAUGGAGAAAAGGAUGCAGGCGGUCCUCUCACUGAAGUCCAGUAUCACAGCCACGCAGGAGAAGCUGCGAGCGAGGCGAGCGCGAGACAAGGCCGGCCUGCCGAAGCAGGAGGAGGAGGAGGAGACGGCAGGGACGCAGGAGAGCAGGGACUUCACCAGACACAGGCCGCGGCGCAAACCACCGCAGGACACGCACAGGAACAGAGAGUUGUUUGUGGAGCAGCAGAAAUCGAAAAAAGUUGAAAUAAUCUCUCGGGUAUCACGAGAGGAGACCGUACAGGAGAAACACAAACUACCUUUUCCACCUACUCCACCAGGCCUUAGAAAGUCUCCAGGACUCAGUACUUCUGCAGAGAUAGCACAGUCUCAGGAUGCAGAACAGGCACCAGCAAAGCCAGCGAAACUCAGACCUGACUGGCGGACUCCAUCCCCCAUGUCCGAGGACGGCAGUGGAAGUAGCGAUGAUGACUCCGUGUUCCAUCCGGGCUCCGCGGACCGCUUCGGGAAUCUCAGGAGCGAGGAUGAGGAGGAACGGGGCGAGGAAGAUAGCCUUGCACUGCCUGAAUUCACAGGGUUGUGGGACCUCAAACACAGAACGUAUAAGGAUCUCCAAGACGACGAGGUGUCAGUCUGUACAACGGUGCAUGAUGGGCUCACCCUGACACUGGCCAAUCAGCAGAGAGCCCUGCUCAGGAAGAAGCCGGUGCAGGGAAAGGAGUUCAGGGGCUGCCCCUUUGUCAGCAAGCCAGAACUCAUCCAUUUCAAGGACUUUGAAGUUGGCAAGACAUACAAGAAGAAGGUUACUCUGAUCAAUGUCACAUACUCCACAAAUUACUGCAAACUGCUGGGAGUCACAGAGUGUCUGCAGGAUUUCAUCUCCAUACUCUUUGAGCCCCCUGGUCCCAUGUCCCCCGGAAUGGCCUGUGACAUCAUGGCUACCUUUAAACCAAUGAUAAAUAAAGAUUUGGACGGAGAAGUGCAGUUUUCAUCAGCCGCCGGGCCGUUUUCCGUGCCUGUUAAAUGCACUAUCAAGAAGUGUUCUCUCGCUAUCGAUUGCAGCCUCAUUGACUUUGGCACCCAUGUGGUGGGGGAGACAAUUUCACGGACAAUCACCCUAACCAACCAGGGGGCAGUGGGAACACACUUCGCCCUGGUCCCUUCUGCCUACUCCAAACCAGAGCCGCCCCUCUCCAAGCUGUCCUCCGUGGAUGCGCAGGUGGCCCCCCAGGACAGCGGCACCCCCCAGGCUGGGUCGGAUGAGAGAGAGAGUCCCCUGCAGCCGGAGGAAAAGAGCCGCACGCCUUCUAUUGUGAUAGACUGCCCGAGCACGGAGCGCAAACCGUCCGCUGCAGGGGGGUCCUCAGUAACAUGUCCGACCCCUGAGGUGUCUGAAGUGACGGGUGCAGAAGGCUCUUCAAGGCCCGCGUCUUCAGUGCCGGUUGGAGCAGAGCUGCAGGAGUCCAGCACGGAGGACACCCUGGACUGUGGUGAUAUCAGGCCUGGAGAGGGGAGAGAAGGCGAAAUCGGCCCCUUCGGAUGCGUCAAGCUGCAUAUAGUCUUCACACCAACCGUGCUGGGAGAGGUGAAGAUGGACUUCCACAUUAGGUUCUCCAACCCCGACUGUGAGCCGAUACCCAUCGCCGUGCGUGGGCUGGGGGUCUGCGUCCCUGUGUGGGUGGACCAGCCCAACAUGGAUCUGAAAAUCUGCAUGUACGACCGACUCUAUCAGGACAGCAUCGUCGUGCAGAGCCGGUCCAACAUAGCCCUUCGGCUCACGUUCGAGGUGUGCAAGGAGCUGAGGAGUCACCUGGAGGUUCUGCCCAAGACGGGCUACAUCCAGGCCAAGUCCAGCUUCAACGCCCAACUCAAGUUCCUGCCCAGGUCUUCCCUGACGGAGGAUGCGGAGAGCUUCUUUGACAGAGAAACGGGAGUUCUCGAAGUGCCCAUGUCAGUACAAGUAGCAGAUCAGGUCCGUCCCGUCGAGUUCACGGUCAGCGCCAUCGUCACGACCUCCGAGCUGGAGUUCGACAGGACGGAGGUGGACCUCGGGCACUGCUCCGUUUUCGAGUCGGUGAAAACCAGCGUCCUCCUGAAAAACCGCUCUCUGCUUCCCCAGGACUUUGGCUUCGUGGGCCUCCCGGAGUGUGUAGAUAUACAGCCCAACGACGGCUUCGGUACACUUCUUCCCCUGGAAACUCUGGAGAUCGAUGUCAUUUUCAGCCCCAAGCAGGCUGCCGAAUACAAAUUUCAGCUCAACUGCAAAUCAGGAAUUAACAGGGACUUUAAGCUGUGGUGCUGCGGGGUCGGGGUGCUCCCGCCCCUGGAGCUGUCUCACUCCGUGGUGCGUUUCGGGUCGACGGCCGCGGGGGACGUGUCCACCGCCGUGCUGCACGUGGUCAACCCGCACAUGGGCCGCAGCGAGGUCGCCCGCCCCGCCCCGCGCAUCGGCAAGGGCCCGGUCGCGCCCGUGGGCCCCAAGCUGUUCCAGUUCGCCGUGCCGGAGAGCUCCGAAGUCAGCGUCGCCCCCACCACGGGACGGGUCCUGCCGGGACAGAGGUGCCUGGUCCAGGUGUCCUUCAGGCCCACGGUGCCUGACGAGGCGGUCAGAGAGGAGGCGGUGCGUCUGCUGUGUCAGGCUGAAGAGCUGCGGGUGAAGGAGCAGGAGAGGGCCGAGAAGGAGAAGGAGCUGGAUGACCUGAAUAAGAAGGACGUGCAGUCGGACGCAAAGAGAGGAAAAUAUCAGCCCCGCAGACGCUCCUCAGUCAAACCGCCUGUCAGAGAGAGGGGGAACAAAUCAUCCCCCUCGCCCAAAACCUCCAGCCCCUUCCGCCCGCCCCACCCAGCCGACAUCCAGCAGGAUUCAGACGAGUUUGCUGCAGGCAGGGCUUCUCUCCUGCUCUCCUUCGCUGAACGUUCUGCCAGUUACGUCAUCCCCUGCUUUGUGUCCAACGGUGACGCCACGGACCUGGAGCUGCCCAGACACCUGCUGUUCAGCCCCCACAACACCCUGUACCUGGAGCUGCACUGCCCCGCGGUCAGGCCCCCGAUGGCGGUGGCGUCAAACAAGGGCCGCAGGACCCUCGACUUCCACCAGGUGGCAAUAGGCCAGAAGGUCAUCCGGAAGGUGACCAUACAGAACACCUCGCCUGGGUCUCUGGAGAUAAGAUCGUCGCUGCUGGACCCCACUGGCCCGUUCACGCUGCUGAACGCGCUGAGGCCUCUCCAGCCUCAGGCCACGCACACCGUCUUCCUGAGCUUCUGUCCCGCGUCGGGCAGGAAGUACCACGAGACCCUGGACGUCAGCAGCCCGGAGAUGACCCUGCGCUUGACGCUCCGCGGCGCCGGGGUCGACCCGGCCGUCAGCAGCUCACACCGGGGAGAGGUCAUGGACCUGGGAUACGUGCUGGAGAAGGAGAGCGCCACGCGGGCGUUUCAGCUGCAGAACAGCUCCUCGCUGGAGCUGCGCUUCAGAGUGCUGCUGGACAGCCUCUCCCCCGCCCGGCACCUGGAGCAGGGCGGGCUCCCGGCUUACCUGGCUCACGGCCGCCAGCCGCAGUGCACUGUGGGUACCCAGAACUACACCGGCGUGAGCGUUUUCAGCGUGCGGCCAGUAGAGGGCGCCAUACCCCCGGGAAAAACGCAGGACAUCGCCGUAACGUUCCAGCCCGACCACGAGAGCCUCCACUACUCCGACAGGCUGACCGUGGAGCUCACCAACAAGCAAACAGUGUGCGCGUUUGGCCUGAAGGGGGCAGCACGCCGGCGCACCAUGUUCCUGUGUGGUGGAGACCCCCUGGAUGUGCCCGUGGAGUGCCUGGCCACUGCACCUCCCAGCAGUGACCCGGAGCCUGCAGACGCUGAGAAGCCCCCGCUGCCUGUCCUGCUCACGCUCCGGAGCGUCUAUGGUGCGAGCGGAGUCCUCCCGGCGGUCCGUGAGCUGGAGGUGGGCUGCAUCCGCUGCUCCCAGCCCACAGCCAAGAAGAGUGUGGAGUUCAGCUGGGACGGCCUGCCGUCGCUCCAGCGGCGGGGCUUCAGCGUGGAGCCGGCCCGGGGAACCGUGGAGCCGGGAACCCGGCGCGCCAUCGCCGUGACGUGGGCGCCCCCCGGUGGAUUCAGCCCGAAGGAGGUGGUACGCACCUCAGCGCAGCUCACUCUGAAAGGAGACGAGACAGAGGUGUACAGCGUCACCCUGCUGGCCCUGCUCACAGGAGAGACACCGGGCCCUUUCCCUCCAGCACAGGCACCUGCGUGAGAGCAUUCAUCAGCAGGGAGAGGAGAUUGACCCCUGUGAGGAACAUAUACAGCUUCACAUUAGCUCUUUCUCACUUUUAAAACGGAGAUAUUCCCCCGUGCUCGGUGAUCAUUUGUCCAGUUCUAAGCAGUUGUUGUAGCAGUCCAGUUGGAUUUUUGGCAUCAGUUGAUCUUUCAUUUUUUAAAUUCAACCUUCCUGAUAUUUAGUGCACUUACAUAGAGUUCAGUCACAGUGUGAUCCCUGAGCCGUCAGGGUUCCAAUGCCUGCAUCUUGGGACUUAAAUUGGGCCUCCCCCGUGGGCUCAAAGGGGGGUUGACUAAGGGCCUCCAACCUAAGGGAGAGUCCUAUGCAGGCACUCGUGUGGUUUGAGUAGGGUUCUGCCGUGGGGCCCCUUCAAGAAGUGAGGGACCCGCUGUCUGGUCUCCCACCUUGGCAUGAUGUGCUGUAAUGGCAGCCACAUACACCUGGAAAUCUUCUUCAUCAAUUUAAUACACACACUGUGUGCCAAGCUAGUUUUUGUCCUUAUUGUGUGGAGAUUAUAUCAGUCAGAUUUGUGCUAACAGACAGUAGGGAUGCAACCGAAUCCAGUGACAGGUAAGAGAUGUCAUUUUAAGCUGUAAGUAACAGAAACAUCUCAAUGCAUGAGUAGCUCAGGGAAAUCAUAUUAACAGCCUUCAGAAACAUACAAAGACAUGGGAAAGGGGAACUGCUGCAAUGACUAAUUGGUUAUUAGGGAUGAAGUGUCCAUUCAUCCCUUACACAUUAGAGAGGGGGAAUUUCUCCUUCUCAUGUAAGGAAUUGGAGAUUGUUAUGUAGUGAAACCAGUUCUUUGGUUUUAUGUAUGCAUACCUACUGAACUGUAAGGUGGGAGAAUUUUUGUGGUUAUCCAUUAACCUUGCCUAAUCUAGUAGGCUUCAUAAAAUCCAAAUAAGAAACAUACUUUGUACUGUUUUUCAGAGAUAUAUAGUUCUUUUUUAAAUUAUUUAUCAUAGCCAUUGGGCUUUAGACUGUACAGUAGAUUAGUAUAUGUUGGAAAAUCAUGUAGCGAUCGUAUAAUGUGUUUUAGAAUUUGACUUGGGUGUUUUUUAUUUUGUAUUUGUAUUUAAAUGUAGUCAUAGAUGUGAAACUUUCUUUGAAUAGUGUUUGAGAGAACGUUAUAGAACAUGUUUUUGACACAGCCCAAAACAAACUUUCAUCUGAUAAAAUUAUCAUGGUAAUUUCCUUCCUGGACCAAUACAAAAACCAAUUAGGUUUACAAUUCAACUGCAAAAUGACUGUUAAAAAUGUGUUACUAUUUAAG